GCGGGAACUCUCGGGAGGACGGAUGGGGUCAGGUCCCAUCAUGGCGGCUGAAGAGGCGGAUGUAGAUAUCGAAGGGGACGUGGUGCCCGCGGCGGCACAGUCUGGAAGUGAUGAAAAUACAGCAUCUGUUCUACAAGAUCACUAUCUUGAUUCAUCAUGGAAAACUGAGAAUGGCCUCAUUCCUUGGACUCUGGAUAGCACCAUCAGCGAAGAGAACAGAGCUGUCAUUGAGAAAAUGUUGUUGGAAGAAGAGUAUUACUUAUCUAAAAAAUCACUUCCAGAAAAAUUCUGGCUUGAACAGAGGGAAGAUGAUAAAAAAUACAUGAAGAGUCUACAGAAAACAGCAAAAAUCAUGGUACACUCUCCUACAAAACCAGCCAGUUACUCAGUAAAGUGGACGAUAGAAGAAAAAGAGCUGUUUGAACAAGGGCUGGCUAAAUUUGGCCGAAGGUGGACCAAAAUUGCAAAACUAAUUGGAAGUCGCACUGUUUUACAAGUGAAGAGUUAUGCCAGACAGUACUUCAAAAAUAAAGUAAAAUUAGAUGGUCCAGAGAAAGAAACUGCAAAUCAGAAGAGCAGCAGUGAUCUUCAGGUUAAAAAUGAAGUUGUGGGGACAAAGUCAUGGACACCAUCAAAUUUAAGGGGACAUGCUGAUCCCAACUUGAAUGCUAUAAAAAUUGAGAAGUUAUCUGAUGAUGAAGAAGUAGACAUCACAGAUGAGACAGAUGAGUUGAAUUCUCAAGUACCCCAAAAGAAUCCUAGCAGUGAUCUCUCAAUAGGAAUCCCUAAUAAUAAAUUGCACAGAAUCAAUCAAGGAGAAUUCAUCGCUUCUCACAGCUGGGAACAUCCCAUUCCUAAAUCUUCCAAGGAAUGUCUUCAGAAUGUAAAGCAUGGUGAAAUGGAAACCCUUUCAAGUUCAGGAGUUACAUUUUGUGUUGAAGAGCAGAUUACCACUGACAAAAAAUCAGUUGAAUUAAAUGACCAGAAAUCUAAUAAACUGGCAAAAAACUGUGACAAGCAGGAUGGAAAUGAUGCCAGCCAGUUGCCUUCUCCAGAGCUUUGUGAAGUUCAGAAAGCUUUGAGUGAUAAUGCAAUGUUUUCUCAUUCGUCUUGCCAAGUAGAAGAAGAGAACCAUGAGGAAGAAGAGCUUAAACCACCAGAACAAGAAAUAGAAAUAGAUAGAAAUAUCAUUCAAGAAGAAGAAAAACAAGCAAUUCCUGAGUUUUUUGAGGGACGCCAAGCUAAAACACCUGAACGAUAUUUGAAAAUUAGAAACUACAUUUUGGAUCAGUGGGAGCUAUGCAAACCGAAAUACUUAAAUAAGACCUCAGUACGUCCUGGCCUGAAGAAUUGUGGUGAUGUUAAUUGUAUUGGACGGAUUCACACAUACCUCGAGUUGAUAGGAGCAAUCAAUUUUGGAUGUGAACAGGCCAUAUAUAACAGGCCACAACCAGUUGAUAAAGUACGAAUCAGAGACAGAAAAGAUACAGUAGAAGCGUACCAACUUGCCCAGCGUCUGCAAUCUGUGCGCACAAGGAGACGUAGAGUCAGAGACCCUUGGGGAAAUUGGUGUGAUGCAAAAGAGUUAGAAGGACAAACAUUUGAGCAUCUCUCUGCUGAGGAGUUGGCAAGAAGAGGAGAAGAGGAAAAAUGCAAACCUGUUAAAUCUUCAAAAGUGCCAAGAUCAACAAAAAGCUCAUUUGAUCCCUUCCAACUGAUACCUUGUAAUUUUUUCAGUGAAGAAAAGCAGGAACCAUUUCAGGUGAAAGUAGCUUCAGAAGCACUUUUAAUAAUGGAUUUGCAUGCUCAUGUUUCCAUGGCAGAAGUGAUUGGUCUGUUAGGAGGAAGAUACUCAGAAGUUGAUAAGAUAGUUGAAGUUUUUGCUGCAGAACCAUGUAACAGUCUGAGUACAGGACUACAGUGUGAGAUGGAUCCUGUCUCACAGACACAGGCCUCGGAAACCUUGGCUAUAAGAGGCUAUAGUGUCAUUGGAUGGUAUCACUCUCAUCCUGCCUUUGAUCCUAAUCCUUCCUUACGAGAUAUUGACACUCAAGCCAAAUACCAGAGUUACUUCUCCAGAGGUGGCGCAAAGUUCAUUGGAAUGAUUAUUAGUCCUUACAAUCACAACAAUCCUUUACCUUAUUCCCAGAUAACCUGCCUGGUUAUAAGUGAUGAAAUUAGCCCAGAUGGCUCUUAUCGUUUACCUUACAAAUUUGAAGUACAACAGAUGUUAGAAGAACCUCGGUGGGGAUUAGUAUUUGAAAAGACAAGAUGGAUAAUAGAAAAAUACAGACUCUCCCAUAGUAGUGUCCCCAUGGAUAAAAUCUUUCGCCGGGAUUCUGACCUGACUUGUUUGCAGAAACUUUUGGAAUGUCUGAGGAAAACCCUGAGCAAAGUGGCCAAUUGCUUCAUUGCUGAAGAAUUCUUGACGCAAAUAGAAAAUUUGUUUCUUUCCAAUUAUAAGAGCAAGCAAGAGAAUGGAAUGGCUGAAGAGAACUUUGCUGUGGAUCCAAAGGAAUAAUUAAUGUAAUUCUUUUAAAGUAAGACAUUUUAAUCUUGACCUGAUAGAUCCUACUUUCAGGUUACAGCUUUGACAUUAUUGUAAUUUAGCUAACACUGACACAGCUUUGAUAAUUUUUCUCCACUUACCAGAAUUAAAACUUUCCCACCUAUGUGGCAAGAUGAACUUGUUUGCAUAGUGACUAUCAGAGUUGUGUAAACCAGGCCACUACUCUGCUGCAAUCCUACUGGGGCCAGUGAGCACUGCAGUGCACUCUGAGGGGCAGUCUGCCUUACUGUUGUGUUGAGGCUGAUAAGCGGAAUCUGCCUGUAGUUUUUGUUUCUCCCUUAUUUUUGAUAGCUCAUAUCUCAUUAGGAAACCUUGCAUUUUUUCUUUCUGUUUUGGUGAGAUUUCUUUAUGGUUGCAAAUGAGAUAUGAAUGGUGGUCAAGAAACAUUGUUAACAUAGCUGAGAACUGCUGGUUUAAUUAACUAAACCUAGAGAUUAAGAGAAAGCAUGAUGAGAAAAUCUUAAAAAUAGAGAAGAAACAGAAUCACAUUACCAAUUUAUAAAUUACAGAUACUGGCUUCCAUUUUAUUUUAUAAGAUACUAUAGGAUAUGCCAUUUUAUUAGCUGCCUGAAACAUUUUGUAUGGAUUUCAGAUACAGUAAUCAAUUUCUUCUAUAUGUCCACUUCCAUUAAUGUGUGUAGUAAAACCUCAUUUAACUGGAUAAUGGACAAAUUGCAAUAAUGUUUACUAAAUCAGAUAGUUAAUUUUAAUUAAAAAAUAAAUACUUCACGGACGUAAUAUUUAGCCCAGUUCAUAUACUUUCUGAAUCUAGAACAGAGGUCAGCAAACAAACGUUUUAUGUGAAGGGCCGCUUAGUAACAGGCUUUCUAGGCCACAUAGUUUCAUCUCUAUCAGACAAUACUCUCUACAUAUGUUAUUCAACCUUUUAAAAACAUAAAACCUUUCUGAGCUCAUGGACCUCACAAGAAACAAGUUGUGGACCAUUAUUUUCCAAACUCUGCUGUAGAGAAUGAAAACAUUUACAAUUUAUUAUCAGCUACAUGAGCCUGAGACACUGAAAGUUCUUGCAUCAUCUUCAGACAAUAAGAAAACUCAAAAUUUGAUUUACGUUUAAGUACAUUUUCAAAUAAGUAACCAUGCUGCCUGGUGUAUUCUGAUGGAUUUUAGCUUAUUUCUAUUAACUAUAGAAUUGGUUUAUAUCCAUUCUUCAAAUAUCCUUAUUAAACAGUUUUAUUACAUCUAAACUAAGUAUGAUUCUGUAUUCAUGUUUUUUGUUUUGGUUUUUGUUUUUUUCUCAUUGUAAUCAACAUCCAGUUAAGAAUAAACAGUAUUAAAAGGAGCGACGAACCUGUUUUAGAUGACCUGAAUUUUGUCCAAACUUGUGAUUUGUGAUGGGGGGUUAAUUUAUCUUCUCUGGGUCUAAGUUCUCAUAUAAUUGAGAUCUAAAUGAUUUUCCUAGUAUGCUUUCAGGUCUAAAGUCCUAUGGUUCACUCCAACUGUUGAUUGGAUUAUUCACUUAGAGCUUUAUAUUUUGAGAGGGUAUGGUUCCCAAAUUAAUAAUUGGGUUUUUUUUUUGUUUUGGGGGGUUUUUUUGUUUGUUUGUUUGUUUGUUUGUUUAUUUUUGGUAAAGAAAGCUAGUAGUAUUUCUCAUGUCUCUAUAUGCAUUUAAGACAAACCAUGGAACAUAGUUUAUUAAAACAGUUACUUUGGGAACCAUGGUCUAAGAGUUCUAGACCAAAAAUCAGGAAACCUGAGUUCUUACCCUAAUUCUGUUAUCAACUUUGCUUUGUGUUAAUGAUAAAAUCACCUGGUGUUAUGACUGAGUAUUCCCUUACAAGCACAGAGAGUUGGAUGUUACAGAAUACAAUAAUUCAUGCCUUUGUGCUCUUCUUAUCUUUAAUUUCUUUCUGCAUUGUACAUCAGGAACAGAUCCUUUAAAGUGGUAUUAAUUGACUUUCUUGAUUGACAUUUCCCUGUAAUAUUGAUGAAUUUGGGUGAUGGAAAUAGUAGAAAUUGUUCAAAGUUCUAUUCUCAAAUCUGGCUUUCUCUAUAGUGGUUAACAACAUUUAUGAGGAACUCAAAGAUAGUCAUCUUCAGAGCUUAGAGACCCCAAUUUUUGAAAUAAUAUCUUACUGAGUAUUUUCUUCUGAAGACAGAAUAUAUUCCUUAUAAAACAAAUUUUUAAAAACAAGUAUAAAUCAAUUAUUAUAAUCCUACUACCUAGAAAACCAGCUACCAUUUUAGUAUAUGAAUACGUCCCCAUUUUUUAACUGUAAUUUUAAAUCAUUAAAAUCUUUGAUCUUUUCCUCCCUCCCCACUCAUUUAUAUUCUCCAUACUUCCUUUUUUCUUUUAUAAUGUUCUUAAAAUAUUUUUAUUUUUGUAACUAGGUGCCACAUUCCUGUCACUGUCAGCUUUGGGCUACCAAGGGUAGUUGGAGCCAAGACCUUAAAGAAGCACAGAGAAAGUCUAGAACCAAGUAGUAGUGUAAUAUAGGAAGUUCAGGAGGCAGGAUCUCAAAGGAGCCCUACUUUUAGUUGUGUUCACAGGAGUGAAGAUGGGACUUGAAAACAUCUAAGCCUCUUGGAUGUGAGGACAUCCCAAUUUUGGUUCUGAUUUUACCUACACUCUCUUCUACCAAUAGCUUGAGACUUACUCUGGAGUCAUACAUGAAAUUUGGAAAAUUAAUUUCACCCAAGUGCAAAGAAGAAAGCACAUACUUUUUUAUCAUGAGCAGCUGCCUCAUGAUGGUUAAUACAAAAGAAAAGUGGACUUGCACUCCAGUUUACCAGAAGUAUAAUAUUUAUAUUACAAAUUAAUACAGUGUUUUGCAAUAUUUCUAGAAAGUCACAGUGAAGAAUAAUAUGUAAUGUACUUUGGUUUAUUUCUGACAUCUUAAGUGGUUUUAUAUGUGCUAUUUCCUCCAUGUUCUGUUUUCUCUAUUUUUUUAUUUAAAGUAUAAUUUUUGCUUUUGAUAUCUUCUGAAUCUAUUUUUAAGAUACCUUAAUUCCUUUCUGGAACAAGUCAGAAUAUGUUAUCUCCCCUAAAUCAUGAAAAUAUUCCAGAGAAUCUAUGAUUAUGUCAAUGGCCCUGUACCAAACUUGAGGUAAAAUUCGCUUGUAAUAUCUGUUUUUUUGUUUUUUUUUUAACUUUCUUACUUUGAUGUUGAUAAAUAUGUUCAUAAGAGCAUUAAUUUUAGGGGAAAAUGCCUGAUUUGGAAUCUUUGAGAUUUUCUGAAAUAGUGUAUUAAGAAGUAUGUUAAAUAAGAUUUUGUAGUCUGUAUUCCUGUUUCAUAGGUUACUACAGAACAUUUAUUUCAGCCUAUGAAUUUUAAAAUAGUAUUCAGAUUCUAGCAUGACUUAAACAGAUUGGUCAUAUAUAAACUUGUGGAUUAGAUAUAUAAAUUGUUUAUUAUAAAUGUUUACUAUGAUUGAUAAACCUGUUACUGUUGUUUUCCCCAAAUGUUGAUGUUUAUGGAUUUCUCUUGUUAGUUUGAAUUUUGGAAUGUUCUAUAAGAAAACAAUGAUUUAAACUAUUUUGUACGUUUGAAUAUGAUGCCACAUUGUGUAUAUCUUUAAUAUAGAAUGUUGUAAAUAUUAAUGUUUGUAUGAUUAUGAAAGCUUUUCCUCAAAAUGAUUGAACUCUCUUCCCAUACUUAACUGUGACAUAUAUUAUCUGAUUUUAAGCUUUGGGAUUUUAUUGUGCAGUAAAAAUUAAGGGGAAGCAUUAUGAAGAUUCUAUUAUAAAUAAAAUUUUGAAAAUAGAAUCAUUUGCUUUCUCUCUGCAUUAUUAACAGUGAACACAUUGAAUUUGCAAAAAAUGUCCCAUUGAAUCAGCAAGCAUUAGUUGAGCCUCUGUUACAUUGAGCAUUGAGGUGAGUAAAUCUUGGCUUCUGCCCACAAGAAGCCUAUUGUCUAAAAGUGGGAGACACAUAAAACCCAAUAAGGGUUGUUAAAAUACUAAAAUGCAAACUGCAAUUAUCAAUUCCUGUAAAAGACUUCAAGGGUAAUAAGUGUGUAGACAAAGGAGAAAUAAUUCUCUAGAAUGGGAGCAGUAAAAUUGAUUUCUUAAAAGAGAUUGUCUUUGAACAGCCUGGCAGGGUUUGCUUCAGUGACAUUUGGGGGAAGGUAGUCUAGAGAGAAAUUACCUUAGCCUUAAUGUGAAAGUAAGGAAAGAGAAAUAAAUAUUUAGAGAAUGGUAAAGAGUCUUUAGCCAGCAGGCAGGGUAUAUGGAGAUGUUAAUUAAGAAAGAAAUAUACUUUCAACCAGCUAUGCAGAAAUAUAAAGUGAAUGAAAAUCCACCUUAAAAUCAGAAUUAACUCAUUAAAUGGUCUUUAAUUUUCCGAUCUUCU